GCAGCUCUGGACGGAAUCAAAAUGGCGGCGCGCUGCGGGGACGUUAAUUGAUCAGAUCGGAUUUAUUGUUGUUAGUUUUACGUGAUUUCGACCGCUGACAUCGCCGAGCGACGGCGCAGCGUGCGAAACGGUGCUCGCGGCUAACUGAGGAUGGCGAAAUCGCAGGUGGUACGUCGCUGCGCGUCUCGUGCUCGCCCGCGACGAGAUUCUAAGUGCGAGUGACACCUGUCAACGACGUGGAAACGUCAAACGCUGCGCGAUCACGGAUGUCAUUUCGUUCAUAAUCCGAGGAAGUCCGCCUGUUCACCCAGAGAAAGAUACACUCUACUCUCGGCACGAGAACCGCGAGUCCCUCGACGAACAAACCUCCGGGGGUUAGGCUCUCGUCGAUCAAUCUUGUGCGUCUACAAUGCAUGGAGCAAACCUGGAUUAGGAGUGCUCGCUUCCUACUGACUACAUGGAUAACAUGGACGCAGCGAUAAUUCACGAUUAAAUUGAGCCGCGCCGUGAAAUCGACACGAUGGACAAUCUGUCCGACUCGUUCCGAGGGGAAUUGGAUUCCGUGACCUCGACGGACUCGCUCCAGUUGAUCAGCGACGAGUUCCAUCUGCGACACCUGUCCACGCCCGACGUCUCCAACAUCGAGCUGUCCAAGCGCGUGGCCCUGCUGGAGUUGGAGAACGAGCGGCUGCGCGUCGACUUGGAGAACGUGCGGAUCGACCUGAACGCCCGGAUCGCCGCGAAUCAGGGUCUCAAGGGCAAGGUCACCGAGCUGUUCGUGGAGAUGCAGACGGUGCUGCAGGACAAGCAGAAGCUACAGAACACGCUGACCGACACCAAUAAUCGUCUGUCCGCCGCGGAGACUUCCGCCAAGUGGUACCAGUCGCAAGUGCACAUCCUGAUGGCCAGCAAGAAGAGCCUGCAGGUGGAGAUAGACACGUACCAGAGUAUACUUAAGCAACGGCAGCGCGCGAUCGCGGAGAUAAGUGCCAAUUAUAAGAAACUGAGCAACGAGUACACCGAGCUCGCGCAGCAAUAUCAGAGGGAGAAGCAAGAGAUGCGAGAUACGAUGAAGGACCUGCAGUCACACAUCCGGUCUAUCAAUGCGGCGCAAGACGCAGUGGACGGAAACUCGACGGGCAGCCCGACAGACAUGUCCAUGGUGCUGGAGGCGACCGAGGACGAAUUGCGAAACACCAAGGCCGAACUCAAGACGCUGGAGCAACGUCUGCUGGGCAACGAAAUGGCCAGGAUGUCGAUGGAAAACACGCUGAGCAAGCAGCGCGUCCUGAUCUCGUCCAUGGAGGAGAGCACGCAGAAGUCCGAGACGGAGAGGAACGAGACCGCCGAUCUGUUACGGAAAACGCAGUUCGAAAUGCAGAAGCUGAGGUCCGAGAACGAGGCGCUGCAGACCUCGUUAUUGGCGUCCAAGCGAGAGCAGAGUCAAGUGGAGGACGCGAUAGCUCAUCUGAGGCUACAGCUGACCAAAAUGAUAGCGCAGUACAAGCUGCUGAAAGCCAAGAACGCGGAAUCCGAGGAGAAACUGAGUGCCAUGCAGGACCUCGCCAACGAGAAUAAACGCUUCAAGACCUUGUCGUAUAAAGCGAACAGUGCUCUGCUUAAGAAACUCAGAGAAGAGAAGGCAAAGAUAAAGAAUCUGGAGCGGAAAAUCUACUGCAAGCAGACCAACGGUCAGCUUGGCAUUAUGAAGAAUAAAACAGAACAGUCUUUGAGAGAAUACCUGAAAAUUCUGUCGAAAAACAAGGAUUUACAGGAUCGACUGAAAUCGGUAACUAGAGUAGCCGACGAAAGUAUUGAUGAAGGAUACGGUGACAGCAACAGCACUAACACUUCCUCGAUCUCGCUCGAUAUGCUGUCGCCGUCUCCUGUAAAUUCAGUAUUAUUGAACAAUGCUGCCAACGUUCUCGCGCGAAGCAAAGACUUCGGCUCGCCGAUGCAAGACGAACUAAACGCGCUGCGAUCGAAGAUGGAGAUACUUCGGCACCAAUGCAACAUAUUGAGCCAACAGAAAGAUCAUUCCGUUGUCAAUGCGUUGUCUCCUUCGAGAGAUUCUACAUAGUUCCGAGGCUUACUUCCUGUUCGCGAAUAUGCGAAUAGAAUACAGCCUCAGUAAGUAAUUACACGUUCAUUUUAUACGAUAUACUCAUAUAUAUCGUAUUCAAUUGAUUUUAAUUUUAGGAUUAUAUACUAUAUGUGACAAAAUAAAUAUAGAAGGCUAUAGGUAUUACUAUAUGCUAAACGGAUGUUUCGAUAGUAUUAUCAAUGGCAGUAUUCGUUGAAGUGUGUGAGAGAAGGUUGUAAAAUGACAUUAAUAUUUAUUUGUUAUUUUUGGAUAUAUUAUAUAACUGUUAUUUAUCAUACAUUAUAUAUUUAUUCCCAUUUUUGUAUUCGACACUCGGUUUAUAAUAUCGAAAUCGGUUAAAAAAUGCGACUAGGUAAUGGAAGAGAUCUAUGAACUUCAUUUUGCAAACAAGUAUAAACAGUAAUACUUAUCAAUCACAAAACUGCGUAAGGUGCCGCGCGCGCAAUAGUUGCGUGUUAUAUAAUACUUAUUGUUCUAAUAUAUGAAAAAUGGCUGUAAUACAAGUGUCAAUAUUACAAAAUAUGACAUGGAGUAUUUAUGUUAUUGUUAUCAGAGAGAAAUUGUAGAGACACGCUAACCUCGGAAAGAAACUUCUGCAAAGAUGUACGCGACUUGUACGAAUAUUUUUUUAUUAAAGAUAAAAUGUGCAGAAUAAAGUAGAACGCGUGCGACAAUACGUCGUCUUACUUGUGUACUUAUAUUACAAAUAAAGAGAUCACCGUAAAUAUUUUUUGCAUUUCGCAACAUAGCAUUUGACGGAACGCGAUAAAGUUUCUGAUCUUCCACUCGUAAACUUAAGAAUCCACUCGAUAUAUAGAACCUACUAGGAAAACAAAUCAUAAAAAUGUGAAUUACAUCGAUCCCGUUUAACAAUAGAUAUAUAAUUACAUAUAUAAUAUGUAUGUAUUAUAACAAUGUUGGGAUAAUACGGUGAAAUAAUUAUCUCGACUUUGUAUUGUAUUGUUUUCAUAAUUCAGUGCGAAUAAACACACUGAAAAUAUGUCGAUAAAGAUUUAAAUAUAUAUAUAUAUAUGUAUACAUGUUAUUAGAAGA